AUGGAAGAGGCAGCUGCGAUUCCACAAAACAAUAGAGAAACAGGAGAAGUAGUUUCAUGCAAAAAUUACAUGGAAGAAUUCAAGAAGGUCAACGCCAUUGCAAUGCCCAUGAUCGCUGCAACAGUGGCACAGUAUCUACUGCGAGUUUCACCCAUAUUUAUGGUUGGACAUCUUGGUCAACUCCAACUUUCCAGCGUCUCAAUCGCAACUUCCUUUUCCAAUGUUUCUGGCUUCAGUGUUCUUUUUGGGAUGUCCACUGCAUUGGAGACCUUGUGCGGACAGGCUUUUGGAGCAAGACAAUAUCAUAGACUUGGAGCUUAUACUUACGGCGCGAUCAUAUGUCUCUUCAUUGUUUGUUUACCAAUCAUCCUUCUGUGGGUUUUUACAGACAAGUUACUUAUACUCACUGGACAAGACCCUACCAUUGCGACUGAGGCUCGCAAAUAUUUGAUUUGGCUGAUACCAACUCUAUUCCCUUACGCCAUUCUUCAAUCUUUGGUUCGUUUCCUGCAAACUCAGAGUUUAAUCACCCCAAUCCUUCUCAGUUCAGUUGCAGCUUUAGCCUUCCAAGUUCCUCUCUGUUGGAUUCUGAUAUUCAAGUUGAAGUUGGGAAUUGCUGGAGCAGCUUCUUCAAUUAGCAUAUCUUAUUGGCUGUAUGCGAUCUUUCUUGGUCUAUAUGUGAAAUGCUCCCCUGCCUGUAAGGAGACCCGUGUCUCUACUGGCGCCUUGAAUACUUUCAGGGAAUUCUUCCGUUUUGCUAUCCCAUCUGUAGUAAUGCUCUGCCUGGAAUGGUGGGCAUUUGAACUAGUGAUAUUGCUAUCCGGCCUGUCGCCGAAUCCCAAGCUAGAAGCUUCUGUGCUUUCUAUAUGCUACACAAUGACUACAAUUCACGGUCACAUACCAUACUCUUUUGCGGUCGCUGUAAGCACUCGGGUUGCAAAUGAAUUGGGAGCUGGUAAUCCGCGGGCGGCUAAAGUUGCUGUUUCCAUGGUACUAAUGGAAUCCGUAACAGAGUUUGUUGUGGCAAGCAUUGUUUUAUUUCUGUGCCGUUCUAGACUUGGACAUGCCUUCAGCGAUGAGAAACAAGUAAUCCACUAUGUCAAGAAGAUGACUCCUCUCCUGUGCCUUUCCAUACUGAUGGAUGGCACACAAGUUGUCUUAUCAGGGGUUGCUAGAGGAAGUGGAUGGCAGCGUUUAGGAGCUUAUGUGAAUCUUGGGUCGUAUUAUCUGGUGGGAAUUCCAGUUGCAUUAGUUCUGGGAUUUGCGUUGCAUUUACGAGGAAUUGGGCUCUGGGGAGGACUGGUUUCAGGAACUGUUGUACAAGCCAUUAUCUUCUUAAUUAUCACUGCUCUGACAAAUUGGGAAAAACAGGCCACGGAAGCAAGAAAGAGGAUAUUUGAAAGGGAAGAAGAGAAGGAAAUGAGGAAAUGA